ACGCGAAUCUUAGUUUUGAACAAGUUCAAUCCGACACAGCUUUAGAAAAUAAAACAUAGAAUUCCCAUCCGACACAGUAACCUCGAUCUUGCCCACUUCAUUAGUGACAAGUGUCCAAGAUCUAGACAUUACAUUGUACGAAUACUAGGUAUACCAGCUGUGACAAUAUCGUAACCCCAACCAAUUGAAAACUUUGGAGACCAAAAAUUAACGCGGCCAUGACCCGUUGUUCUGGUUCAGAAAGAAAAGGCACUCUUUGGUUCAAUCGCUCUUUUCGCUUCCUUCAGAAAAACAAAGAAACAUACAUAAAGAGAUGACAUUGAAAGAUUCAACAUUUUCUGAUCCUUCUCUGUCGAUGCAUUGUUGCACAAUACACUUUUGAUAUAUAUAUAUAUAUAUAUAUAUUUUCAUCUGGGUCUUCAUGAUUUCGCUCGAACAAGUAUCAUCCAAUACCAUUUCGUGUUUAAUACCAUUUCGUGUUUGGGUCGAAAAAUCGUUCUCUAAAGAGAGUGCGAAUGUGAAUAAAAACAAAUAAAAGGAAGAAAAGCAUUGCAAAAUGAGCAAAGAAAGCGGUGUUCUAAGGGCAUGGGAGGCCACGCUGCGCAAGACACAGGCUGCAAAAAAACGUGCCAACAGCCUCUUCGGCACGACAUCGGUAGCCCAUGCAGACGACGACGACGACAACAACAAUGAUGACAACGACAACAGUGGAAGUGGCACCAGCGAAAUAUAUCAUGCAGAGAAGGUUCUCCCCAAUGGUGACUACUAUACAGGCCAAUGGUCCGACAGCUUUCCUCAUGGACAGGGGAAGUACCUCUGGACUGACGGGUGCAUGUACGUGGGAGAGUGGUUCAGAGGCAAAACUAUGGGGAAAGGUAGGUUUAGCUGGCCUUCCGGUGCUACCUAUGAGGGCGAGUUCAAGAGCGGUUAUAUGGAUGGGACUGGUACGUAUACGGGGUCCAACGGGGAUACCUAUAAGGGACAAUGGAUCAUGAAUUUAAAGCACGGCCAUGGCGUGAAGAACUUUGUCAAUGGGGAUUGUUACGAAGGAGAAUGGCGGCGAGGGUUGCAAGAAGGUAUAGGGAGGUAUCAAUGGAAGAGUGGGAACCAUUACGUUGGAGAAUGGAAGAACGGAGAGAUUUGUGGUAAGGGUACAUUUGUUUGGACUAAUGGGAACAGAUAUGAUGGGUAUUGGGAAGAUGGGCUGCCUAAAGGGAAUGGAACAUUCAAAUGGCCAGAUGGGAGUUUUUAUGUGGGGAACUGGAGUAAGGAUCCGUGUGAGCGAAAUGGGACUUAUUAUCCAUCAGGGUCAUCCCCAGAAGCGAAUCUUGAAUGGGAUCCUCAAGAUGUGUACAAUUUUGAUUUGAGUGAAUGCAGGAUUUGUCCCGGAGAGAAGGUUUCCAUUUUGCCAUCACAAAAAAAGCUUGCAGUGUGGAGGUCAUCGAAGUCCGGGGAUGGUUUUAGGCCUAGGAGAAUGUCAGUUGAUGGAAGGGUAAGCGUAGGCGCGGAGAGCAGAACGAAAAUGUGGGAUGUUGAUGGGGAUGAAUCUAGUGGCUUUGCUCGUAGGAAUUCAAUGGCGAGCAGAGAUUUGGAGGAUGAUUUGUUGGGUCUGCAUAUCGAUGAUGCAAGGGGAAACCCCGGAUUACCAAUGAAAGUACCUAGGAAAGCAAAGCGACAAGGAGAGACAAUAAGCAAAGGGCACAAAAAUUAUGAGCUCAUGCUCAAUUUGCAGUUGGGAAUCAGGCAUUCUGUUGGAAGACCCGCUCCAGCAGCAUCCCUUGAUUUGAAGCCUUCAGCUUUUGACCCCAAGGAAAAAGUAUGGACGAGAUUUCCUCCUGAAGGAUCCAAGUACACCCCACCACACCAGUCCUGUGAAUUUAGAUGGAAGGAUUACUGCCCAUUAGUGUUCAGGACUUUAAGGAAGUUGUUCAAUGUGGACCCUGCUGAUUACAUGAUAUCGAUCUGUGGAAAUGAUGCUCUUCGGGAACUCUCCUCUCCUGGUAAAAGUGGUAGCUUCUUUUACUUGACCAACGAUGACCGCUACAUGAUAAAGACUAUAAAAAAGGCAGAAACAAAAGUGCUUUUAAGGAUGCUUCCAGCUUAUUAUAACCAUUUCCGGGCCUUUGAAAACACUCUAGUUACCAAAUUUUAUGGUCUGCAUUGUGUAAAGUUAACGGGGCCUAUCCAGAAGAAGGUACGGUUCAUCAUCAUGGGGAAUCUCAUGUGUACUGAAUAUUCCAUCCAUAGACGCUACGACUUGAAGGGAUCUUCCCUUGGCCGCACAACAGAUAAGUCCGAGACAGAGAUUGAUGACACCACUAUCCUUAAAGACCUUGAUCUAAACUUCAUAUUCCGACUGCAGAAGUCAUGGUUUCAGGAGUUUUGCAGGCAAAUUGAUAGGGAUUGUGAAUUUCUCGAGCAGGAGAGAAUUAUGGACUAUAGUCUUUUGGUGGGUCUUCACUUCAAAGAAAUAUCACCUACUGGUGACCUGAUUCCUUCCCAAUCCCGGACUCCAACUAUCGGUGACUCCCAGGAUGAAGGAGCUCCAGCUCGUCUUUCACGAGCAGACAUGGACCAGAUUCUUCUUGAUCCAUCCAGAUGGGCUAGUAUCAAGCUUGGCUUGAACAUGCCUGCACGGGUGGAAAAGACUGUGAGACAAAGUGGUUAUGAAUAUCAGAUCCUCGGAGAACCAACCGGGGAGUAUUACGAGGUUGUAAUGUUUUUUGGAAUAAUUGACAUACUUCAAGACUACGACAUCAGCAAGAAGAUCGAGCAUGCAUACAAAUCCAUCCAAUACGACCCCACCUCCAUAUCUGCUGUUGAUCCAAGGCAAUAUUCAAGGCGCUUCCGGGAUUUCAUAUUUCACAUAUUUGCCCAAGACACUUGAAACAAAUCAAUUUCAAGUAGUUUUGAUUGGUUCUUUUUGUCCAUUAUAUAUGCUUGAAUCCGUUUUAUAUACAUCUACAGAUAAUAUAUAAUUAUAUGUUUCAGCUAAUUACAGAUAUGCUAUAUAAACAGGAGCGCCACAGGUGUAUUCAAUCUAAUUGUAAAACUGCAACAGAAUUUAUUAUCUUGAUCAAUUCUUUGGUCUAAUGAGACAAACACGUGUAUGUGAUUUGUUUUUUCUGCUUUCAACUGAGAAUUGUAUUUGGGGCAGAUGAACUUAUUAAUUAUUUGUU